AUGGAUCACUCCGAUCUCAUUGCCGAGCUCCCGGAGAUCGAGCGGAUGACGGCGCAGGAGAGAAUCGCCCUCGCCAGGUAGACCUUUGAAUUACUGUACUCUCCAAGCCCUUCCUUCUUCAGAGAUCGACGACGACAACAGCUUCGACGGAACGACGAACGGGAAAGAGCCCUUCCGCCGCCACGCCCUCGCCGUCAACGACUACACUUCUCUCCGGAAGUGGAGUUGCUCGAGGCGACAUGCCGAGCUGAUUACGCCGAAGUCGAACGGUUACUAAACGAGAACGCGAAUCCGAACCUUCACAACGACGACGGACUGACGCCCCUCCACCAGUGUGCCAUCGACGACAAUCAGCAGAUCAUGCUGCUUCUGCUCGAACGAGGAGCAAAUGUGAACGCGCAGGACACGGAACAGUGGACGCCUUUGCAUGCGGCCGCCUGCUGCGCUCACAUCAACAUUGUAAAGAUUCUCAUUGCAAAGUGAGUUUAUUAGACAUUUUAUCUGGAUUUUAUCUGGAGCCAGUGGAUCAUUUCAGUAAAGCCAAUCUUCUUGCCGUGAACGCGGAGGGAAACAUGCCGUACGACAUCUGUGACCACGAAGAGACGCUCGAUGUGAUCGAGAGUGAAAUGGCCGCCAGAGGUAUUACUCAGGCGUACAUUGACGAAAUGCGAGGAGCUCCGGAGAAGGCGAUGCUGGACGACAUGAAGGCGUUGCAUCAGCAUGGGAAGGAACUCGACGUGCGGGCUCCAGAUGGAUCCACCUUUCUUCAUGUGGCAUCUGCCAAUGGGUAUUACGACGUGGCCGCUUUCCUGCUCACCUGCUCCGUCUCUCCGCUCAUCCGUGACAAUGACUUCUGGCAGCCUGUUCAUGCAGCCGCUUGCUGGGCCCAAGCAGAUCUCAUCGAAUUGCUGUGCCAGUACGGAGGCGACAUUCACGCGAAGACGAAAAACGGAGAGACGCCGUUGGAUCUGUGCGAAGAUCAGAUGACGAAAGGCGUCAUCACGACGUUGGUGCAAACAGAAGCGAGACGACGACGACUCGCGUUCGGAGUUCGCGACUCGCGACGUCAAAGCAAGAAGAGGAAGAAGUUCGAGUCGCCGCAGCAAGGAGCCACCACUGGAGACAAUCCGUUCUCUGCUCGCGGAGCCAUUCGUCGACAGUCUCUGCGUGAUCGCAGUGGACUCACACCGGCCAGAAUCGAGGCGCAGAAGGAGGGAGCCGACAUUCUGCGGACGUGGUCGAAGGAAGACGUUUCGGCCGAUGUGCACUCCUCGCAGACCGGAUCACUUCAGCACCAGAGAGAAUCUCCGAGCAAGCGAGUGCUCAAGGUAACAGUGGGAAGUGGGGCCCAUCUUUCAGCCAUUCGAUUAGUUUCAGAGUUCGCAGCACAAGCAGGCUAAGCCAAUGUCGCCAGACGAGUGGCUUAGGAAGUUGGAGACGAACGGAACGGCAGACGACGAUCUGGAUUCGACACCAAAACGGGCGGGAAGUACGAGGAGGCGACAGAAAAAGGGUGAGUUGAAUGAGACAUCUGUGAGGAGUUCAAUCUAUUCAUCUUUUGUUUUCAGUUCCGGGAGACAUGUCCGACUCUCGAAACGGCGACCCACGAAGGCAGAAAUCUACGUGCUGCUGCGUGAUAUGCUGA